AUGGCGACCAAAUCACUAGCCUCCUGGGCCGUAAACCUCCAGCCCUCCUCCCUCCCAACAUCCGUCAAACAAGCAGCUCUCCGCUCCCUCUACAACUACAUCGGCUGUGCGAUAGGCGGCAGUGACCACCCUACCGUCACCAAAGCGUACAAUGCACUCUCACCCUUUUUCGGCAAGGAGACGUCGUCUUUGCUCGGCCACAAAGGAUCGAAGAAAGCAGACGCCCAGCACGCCGCCUUGCUCAACGGCAUUGCUUCUCAUGUCCAUGACUACGACGAUACUCACUUGGCUACUAUCAUCCACCCAACAGGUCCGGUCGCCAGUGCUCUGCUUGCCUACGGAGAGUACAAGGGUGGUUUCUCCGGCGAAGACAUCCUGUGCGCACUAACGGCUGGUAUCGAAGCCAGCUGCAAGAUCGGCCUCGCAGUCUGGCCGGAGCACUACGACAUCGGCUGGCACAUCACCUCCAGCACCGGAAGUGUUGGGGCAGCGGUGGCGGUCGGUAAGCUGAUGCAUCUCUCCGAGGAGCAGAUGGCGCAGGCGAUCGGUGUUGCUGCUGUGCAAGUUGUCGGUCUGCGUGAGAUGUUCGGCAGCGACACCAAGUCGUUCCAUCCCGGACGAGCUGCGCAGAGCGGGUUGCUUGCGGCGCUGCUAGCGGAGCAGGGCUACACCAGCUCCGAGAAGGCACUCGAAGCGAAGCGUGGGUGGGCGAACGUCGUUGCCGGAGGCGGGACGCCAAAGCUAGAUCAGUUUGUUGGUGAGCUAGGGAAGAAGUGGGAAAUCGAGGCGAAUGCGUUCAAGCCGUUCCCGUGCGGUAUCGUGUGCCAUCCAGCAAUCGAUGGGUGCAUACAGCUGCAUCAGGAAAUCCAGCGCAAAGGGCUGAAAUUUGACGACAUCAAAGACGUGCAAGCUGUGGUGCACCCACUAGUCAUCGAGCUGACAUCGAAGCGCACACCCAAGGACGGCCUGGAAGGCAAGUUUUCCGUGUUCCAUGGUGGAGCUGUGGGAUUGCUGUACGGAAAAGCAGGACCUGCACAGUACGGCGACACAGUGGUCACAGAUUCGUCUGUUAUCGCAGUAAGAGACAAGAUCGAUGCACAGCCUGACAAGAACCUGAAAGCGGACGAGACUUACCUGACCAUCAACUUUGAGGAUGGAAGCAAAUUGGAAAAGCGGAUCGACCAUGCAGUCGGCUCGCUUGAAGUUCCCAUGACGGACGAGCAGUUGACGGCGAAAUUCGUCGACCAAGCUGGGCUCGUCCUCGGCGAAGCAGAUGCGAAAUCAGCAAGCGACGCUGCGUGGCGGGUCGGCGAGAGCAAGAAUGUGGCAGAAGUAAUGCGCACGUUGUGA